UACAGGAGAUGACCAGAGACUGCGGACACAGUACAGGAGAUGACCAGAGACUGCGGACAUAGUACAGGAGAUGACCAGAAACUGUAGACAUAGUACAGGAGAUGACCACAGACUGCGGACACAGUACAGGAGAUGACCAGAGACUGCGGACACAGUACAGGAGAUGACCAGAGACUGCGGACAUAGUACAGGAGAUGACCAGAGACUGCGGACAGUACAGGAGAUGACCAGAGACUGCGGACACAGUACAGGAGAUGACCAGAGACUGCGGACACAGUACAGGAGAUGACCAGAGACUGCGGACACAGUACAGG